ACCUGAACUCCGCCUAAAUAUGGGAGAAAUAAGUGGAAUGCAUCAAGCUGUUGCUAUUCUUGUCAAAAUAGGGGUUAUUCACGAGAAGGCCAAUUGUAUUUCAAGAACCAAGACAUGUUUUUGGAUGAUAUUAAGUCUAUUUUUAGGAUUGGGGACAAUUUAUGAAGACAUGGAAACUAUAAUUUACCUUGGCAAAGACGUCUCAUAUUUGUUUGCCGUACUGAGCACUGACAUCCUUCUACCAUUACAAACAUGUCUGGUCUUUCCAUGCCUAGGAUAUCUUGUGCUUGCAGACAAUGAUAUCAUCAAGAACUUUGAACUAAAAGCACCGAGGCGUAAAAUUCAUUUCAUUCUCUUUGUUCUAGCUUCAGUAGCAUCAUAUGGCACAUUACUCCGCUUAUAUCUAUUCACCAAUUCUGUUUUAUUCACUAGUUGUCUGCUGGUUCUAUGCUGUCUAACAGAAAUCAUUUCUGUUCUACUCAUUGGAACUAUUACAACUAAUCUACAGCUAAAUAUUGAAGAACUUUCUGCAUCUAGAUAUUAUACUGGAAUAAUUGAAGAGUAUCAGAAGAUUGGUUCUAGGUUUAAGAAUCUGAAGAAAGGAUUAGGACCAAUUCUUCUGCUUAUAUUUUCAUCAAGAAUGCUUUCUUUAAUUUGUGUCACUGAAUUUGUUGUAAAACACAUAUUUAAUGCUCUGCUAUUAAUAUUUAUUCCAAGUAUCGGAUUACAGAUGUUCUAUAUCACUUCUACUCUGGAUCAAAUAUUUGACACCUUUAAAAGUAACAAGAAAUCACUACGAGAACUGGGGCUCAGAUCCACAAAGACAGAUGGAGAUCUUCUAAGUUCUCUGAUAGUUGAUGUGGAAGAUGAAACUCCUUUCUCGGCCUUGGACUUCUUCAUUGUUGAUAAAUCACUACUUACUUCAGUGUUAUCCACCCUUGUAACCUACAGUAUUAUUCUUUAUCAAUUUUGAUUACUUUUACUAACUUUUUCGUAAAAUAUAUGUCGUCACUGUUAUUAUUUAUUUUUAUCAUCUGAAAUAAGCAUAGCAUGAAGUAGGUUUUACUCUAGCUAUUUGGGGUAAAUUUUUUUGUAAGUUGUCUCUAUUUUUUAACAAAUUAAAUAACAAGGGAAAACUAGGAUCUUAGGAAGUGGGGAUAAGGAUGAGCAAUAAAUAAGGAAUUGUUAUUUAGUAGCAAACUAGUGAUUGAUUGCAAUUUUAGUU